ACUCUCAAUCCAACAUAAAACCGGUGUUGCAAUAAUUAUAUUUAACAAAAUUAUGGAGUAAUAAUUUUUUUUUUUUUUUUUUUUGGUCUUUAUAAAAAUUUUGAUCAUAUAAAUGUUUAAUUAGGGUGAAACUUUUCACUCUCUUAAUAGACGUGACUGUGACACAAACAAGGUUAACACUAUGGCCCUCAGCCCUCUAAAAGAUAGUUUACCUAUGAAGAAGGAAAAGGAGUGUCAAACCUAUAAAAAUGACAUAUAUUCCUAGGCUAGCAACUCCUAUAAGAUUGAAUUUCUGGUAUGUCCCAAGAUAGGCUGGAAGGGUAUCGUACUCAAAAAGUAUAGAAACAAAGAGAAUAAGACAUAGAUAUAAACAAUUACAGCUUCAUAUAGAAUGCAGAUGAAAAACAAUAUAUUCUAAAGAAUAUGUCUCUUACAUGAUAUCUUUGCUUAUACAGAUAUUAUAAGCUUUCUAUAAAAGCAAAACCUCACAUAUAACAAAAACCAGAAACUACAUAUUAAGCAUUUUUUUAUGCAGAAAAAGAUGUAUGCGAAUUUGGUCAUGGAUUUGUACCUUUUUUCAGGGUAUAUAUAUAUACAUAUGGUUUCCAAAUAAUAUAAUUAGCAUAAACAUCAAAAAAAAUGGAGCUCCAGGAAUUUUUGGAAAAGGAAUUUGUUAAAGAGGUGAAGAAACAGGUGUGGUUAGCAGGACCUUUGAUAUCAGUAGGUAUAUUGCAGUACUCGUUGCAGGUGAUAUCUUUGAUGUUUGUUGGUCACCUUGGUGAGUUGGCUCUCUCUGCUGCCUCAUUAGCCACUUCUUUUGCAACAGUCACUUCUUUCACCUUGUUGGUGAGACUGCCAUCAUUACUUUUUCCUCUUUACUUUCAUUUGUAUCUGCAUGUUCAACAUUGUUGGCAAAGUAAGCCUAAUGUUCGAUUAUAUGUAAUUCAUGGAUUACAUAUUUCACUGUACACUUGCUUUGAAUCUUUGAUCAGAUGGGAUUGGCUAGUGGAUUGGAUACUUUAUGUGGACAGUCAUUUGGAGCAAAACAAUAUCAGAUGCUUGGCAUACACAUUCAAAGGGCUAUGCUUGUUCUCUCAGUGGUCAGUGUAUUCCUUUCUAUCAUCUGCUUAAACACAAAACCAAUUCUAAUAGCUAUGCACCAAGAUCAUGAAAUAUCAGAAGAAGCCGGACAAUAUGCUCUUUUCAUGAUUCCUAGCAUUUUUUCUUAUGGACUUCUUCAAUGCCUUGUAAGGUUCUUACAGACACAGAACAUCGUCUUCCCAAUGAUGAUAUGCUCUGGAAUUACAGCUUUAUUUCAUAUGCUGUUGUGUUGGGUUUUGGUUUUCAAAUCCAAACUUGGAAGUAGAGGAGCUGCUUUGGCAAACUCGAUCUCUUACUGGAUAAAUGUUUUGUUAAUGGCACUUUAUAUCAAGUUUUCUUCUUCAUGUGUGAAGACUUGGACUGGUUUUUCAAAAGCAGCAUUGCACAAAAUUCCUACUUUUCUUAAAAUCUCUAUUCCUUCAGCUCUCAUGCUUUGCUUUAAAGCUUGGUCAUUCGAAAUAGUUGUUCUACUCGCCGGUCUUCUUCCUAAUCCAAAGUUAGAGACUUCUGUACUCUCCAUCUGUCUAAACACAUUUGCAAUUCUUUGGAUGAUUCCUUUUGGACUUAGCGCCGCUGUGAGCACAAGGGUAUCCAAUGAACUGGGAGGCGGGCAGCCCCAAGCAGCAAGUUUAGCAGUGAAGGUAGGCUUAGUAAUGGUGAUAAUAGAGGGAGUUACAGUAGCAUUGUUGAUGAUCCUGCUACGCAACAUAUGGGGAAGUAUAUACAGCAAUGAGAAAGAAGUUGUCAGCUAUGUGGCAUCCACCAUGCCUAUUCUUGCGAUUUCCUGCUUCCUCGAUGGAAUCCAAAGUAUGCUCUCAGGAAUAGCUAGAGGAUGUGGUUGGCAAAAGAUAGGUGCAUAUGUAAAUUUUGGAGCUUUCUAUCUGCUAGGCAUUCCUUGUGCAACUAUACUGGUUUUUGUCUUGCAUAUGAGAGCAAAAGUGAAGUUUCUUUCUUUUUUCCUUCAUCAUAUGUUUCAUCUCCAUGUCAGUAAAGAAAGUUAUUUCCCAUCUAUUCUUUGCUAUUUCCAUACCCUUUUUAUUUUAUGUAGGGGCUUUGGUUGGGGAUCAUAACAGCAUUUGUGUUUCAAAUAUUAUUUUUCCUUUUCAUAACCAUGCGCUCUGAUUGGCAGAAAGAGGUAAUCAAAACAUUUUAAUUUUAAUUAUUAUUUUUUUUUUUCAUUUCCUAAAUAAACUCAAAACACCUUUUAUUUCUUGUUUCACUUGGCCAGGCAACCAAGGCGUCAGAUAGAGUUCAUGAAUCUAUUACUCCUGUAGAAUUGUCUACAAAGGACCAAAAGGAUUCCAAACACCAGUCCAGUUAAUUAAGCAGAGAGAAUCUUGAUCAUUAACUGUAGGUGGAAACAAACUAAACCAGCUUUAAAAAAAAAAAAAAUGAAAAGAAAAUUAUUCAAGGGUUCACUAAACUUAUAUCUUUUUUAAUUUAUAAUUUUAUCUUUUAGACAUUGCAAGCGGUACUGACCGAGGGGUCCAACGAUGCAAAUCUUGGAAAACAGGUUACUUAAAUCUGGCAAAGGAAAAAGUAAAAGAAAAGGGGCAAGAUAAUGAGAAGUUUGAUUAACCUUUCAAGCUACAAUAACAUAAAAUACUUUUCUUCUGCAAAGUAAUUGUUUUCCACUUGACGUUUCUUCAAGUAUAUAAUAUUAUUUAGUAGACUAAGAAGAAACAAUGAAAAGCAAUGUCAUAUAAAUAUGUUUCUAACGGCCCUCACAGAAGUUGUUUAAAAUCCGAUCUCUGCUACUGCUGGAUCUGCUACUACUGGAUC